AUCUCAAGGGAGAACCGUUGGAAGAAGAGAGGUAUCGCACUGACACCUACCAAGUUUGGUAUUGCAUUUACUGCUACAUUUAUGAACCAGGUAUGAAGUCGCUUUAAGCCUCACAGAAUGCCUUUUUGGCCACAAAGAUAAAAAACAAUUUCUCUUGAUACGGAGUCGGCCCUCAAAACGUCCUUGUCCUAAGCGAACUUUUUGGCACUCUGUCACGCUUGCGCGAAACCCUAAGAAGCUUUUCGACGUUUAAGACUACCUAGGAGCAUAAUCUAAUAUUUCAUAGUUAAAUGGACGUUUUAUCAACGAAAGACUCCAUUAUUGAAGUCCUUUCUGGCGCAGAGAAUCUUUUGAAUGAAUGCUCGGGAAUUCCAUUAAGGACUAUAACUAGCGCCCAGAUAGCAUGAGAUAAUUGUCAGCCCUUCUGUUCGGUGGCUAACUGCAACGCAGGGUUUUUUCCUCAAAAUCAGUUUUUAAGAGCGCGAAGCCUCACACGCCCCAGUCUCACUCUCCGUUUUCACCCUCCCUGUACGACUUUCGUUUCACCGCUCGCAUGUUUUGAACUACGCAAAAACGGACUGUUUUGCAGUCUAGUUCGGUGCAAGUUUUGUUGCUUCUUGCGCAAAGCUGUAAGGAAUGGAAUAAGUGGUUUACGUACUCUGCAGUCAUAUGAACACAGACCUCAAACAUUGUCUUCGAAUAUGGAUAUUUAAACAUUUUUGUAUUUGUUUAUUCAUUCUAGGCUGGAGCCUUAGUUCAUGUUUAUACAGACGGAUCAGUUCUUGUCACUCACGGAGGAACAGAAAUGGGACAAGGACUACACACUAAAAUGGUGCAGGUUAGUGAAAAAUGGAUACUAAAGAGAUGCAAGAAAUGCUUGGUCAUGGGUAAAACCACUGACCGCUAUUGUGUACGGCAUCAAAAAAUCGUAAACAAAGGCUUAAGAAUCGCUUUUGACUUAUCAAAUUUCAUACUUUUUGGAAUUAAAAGAACUGAGGAACUUAAAAAUAUUCACCAAAAACUCUAAAAUUACACCAGAUUUCAAUGAAUCCUAUAGUUUUUUCUUCACCUCGAGAAAAAUGCGUAGUAUUGUAGCUGGGCCUGCUGUUUACAUAAUUUCCGGCGUUUGACACUGGUCACAGCUUGUCAUUUUUUUCUUGAAAGUGGUCAACUCGUGGGUUCUUAAUUGAUUUUCCCUCCUUGGCCUUUUGUAGGUAGCUUCUCGUUGUUUUGGCAUUCCAGUCUCCAAGAUUCACAUCACAGAAACAAGCACCAGCACAGUGGCCAAUACGUCACCCACAGCUGCCUCGGCAUCCUCAGAUCUCAAUGGCAUGGCGGUCAAGGUCAGCUAACCUGUGUGCUAUAUGUUUAUAUUUCUGGCAGCUUCCCUCUUAACAGUGGUCUUCGUAAUGCAAUAUAAUGAUUGUCAAGUGUAAUUUAUUCUACACUAUACUUUUUUUAAACGUUUAACGACACCUUGCUUGUUGGAAGUAUGACUUGGCCUCUUCUUUUUAAGUGUUGUGCGAGGAAAAUCUCAGACAAAUCCUUUCCUUUCGCUCAACAGCUGUUAACACUGUUUCUUUUUUUUCGCACAUUUCGUUGGGCGUGUCGCUUUGAAUGGCUGCUUCCUCUUGAAAAAAGUUUGGAGCAAGUAUAAACAUGAACCUACCGGUAGUGCAAGACGCUUUAAUAUGUGCGUGCCCGCAUCUGCUGUGAAUAAGUGCAUGCGUUUGGGGAUAAUGUCUUAAAUUUUCUACUGUAAUAGGGGCAAUACUGUUUGAUAUGGUUUUGCAGAUUGCAUGUGAGCAGAUACUGGAGCGGUUAAAACCUUAUCAAAUGAAGAAUCCUAAAGGAAAUUGGGAAGACUGGGUAAGUAAAUCAAUGGAGACAUGCUCAUCCCCUAGUCAGGCCUUUAAUUUGUUCACCAUUUUGUUCCGCCGCCAGUUGGCCAUCGUUCUGUUGGUCGAUAAGUCGGUGAUUGGCUCAGUUAGUUCAUAUUUAUCAUACAAUUAGCCAUUUUUUGUUAUUGCUUAACUUGCGUCAAGUUUAUGAUGACAAAAAAUCAUGUAAUGGUUUUUCAUUAACAGUUUCUUUGUCGUUGACUAGGUUCGCUCGGCCUACUUUGAUCGAGUCAAUCUCUCUGCUAAUGGAUUUUACAAGUAAGAAAGUAAAAGUGUUGCGUUUAUUAUUUUUCUAAUUGUUUAUUUUGUGCGCAAGAAAUGUCAAUUCACGCAGACCCACGGACAGUUAAUUCAAAAUCGGAAGUAAGAGAGUUUCCAUGGACAAUUCACAAAAAUACUGACCGUAGUGAAGAAACGCUGUGAAGUUAAGGGAUUCCUGAAUACAGAGCUAAAUAUCUUAGGGUUUUACGUGUAUAGCUUUGUACAGGGGUCGGGGAUAGACCAAAUAUUAAAAUAUUGGUAUUGUGUGAAGAAUAGUGCUGGAGUUCACUAACACUGGAUCGAGGGUUGUGUAGCGAAAUCCUUUGACAUACAAAUAUUGGACUCGACAGCAAUCUAGUUCCAGUUCGUUACAUAUGGUUCCUAGGCGUAUAUUUUUGUGGCGCCUGCGUUUUGUCUCUGUUCUGACUGAAAUCACUAUGGCUAACCUGUAAUGAUUUGUGUUACUGAUUGUAGUAGAGAAAUUUCAGCUCGCGUCUUGUUAAGGUAUAGUGGCAACGCUUUUUUGCUGCAGUUUCAGUUAAACGCAGCUUUGUUUGUUUGCUACCUCACAGAACGCCGGAUUUAGGAUAUGACUGGAAGACCAACACAGGCAGAGUUUUUAACUACUUCUGUUUUGGAGCCGCUUGCUCGGAAGUGGAAAUCGACUGCCUCACAGGAGAUCACCAGGUAGGAAAGCUACUGUCGCGCCGUGUUGAGAAUGCUACGUCACAUUAAUUGUCAAGUGCUGUUAAGUAAGCUAGGUCGUAAACAUCGGGUACAUUAUUUUGAGACCGCCAUGCAACACAAGAUUGUCAAGCGUUGUGAAAUUAACGACAUUGCUUGUUUACGCGACGAGGUAUCGUACUAUGUGAAGAGGUUAACUGAUCGUCACAAUUUUAGUCCCGGAGUUACUUUCCUGUACGUGUCACUCCUGUAGUUAUACCUAUAACUUUUAAGUUUUCUGUAAAAUGCUGGACCUUUUUUGCAUGGACGAGGUUGAGCAAAAUAUUGGGAUUUCUACUGGCAAGCAAAUUGACUGUUAUUUAUUCAGAUUUGUCCAACAGGUUCUUCGCACAGACAUAGUGAUGGAUGUUGGCAACAGUCUUAAUCCGGCUAUCGACAUUGGGCAGGUCAGACUUUUUAGUAGUCUUGGUCCCCGCGAAAAUACGUCAGUCGACAUACGUUUUUCUUAAGAGCAUAGACCUUUGUCACGCGGCGGUCAUUUUGUCUCAAGAGAUUUAAAAAGCUUUGGUUAUGCACGGCUAGUCUCGUAGAGAGAACGAGGCUAGCCGUGCAUAAACAAGGUUUAUUCUCCAAGUUUUUAAGGCACUACCUACGUCACGAGAAAAUGCGAGCUUCCCUUCCCUACUCCCCCAGGUAAUGUUUGAUUUGGGAUGGGAUGGGGAAUGAAGAUGGUUCUUGAUUGGUUUGUUCUCCGAAAGAUACCGCAUGUCACAAAAGUACCUCAAAAAAUUUGUCGCUGAUUUUCAACCAUUUGUUUUCAAUUUUAAUGUUAUUCUUUCCAGGUUGAAGGUGGCUUUGUCCAAGGACUAGGUUUGUUUACCAUCGAAGAAAUACGCUACUCUCAGACUGGCACGCCGUGGACCACAGGGCCUGGAGCCUACAAGAUUCCCGGAUUUGCUGACAUUCCAGUGGAAUUUUAUGUUCAUUUAUUGCGGAGUGCACCGAACGAAAAAGCGGUUUUUUCUUCAAAAGUACGAAGAAUCUUCAUUGAUGUUUAAACGCUUCCUUUUCAGUUCAUUGUCUAACAUUUUAAUCGCCCUAAGUCUAUGUGGAUUAUUAUCCUUCUCCGGCUAGGCCCGUUUUCCCUAGAGAUAGUUCAAUUUAUCGCAGGAUUGAGUCAGUUAAGCGAAGUUUUUUUCCCCAGGAACAUUUUUGAAACCGCAUAUUUUUUACGCGAAUAAUUCGUGUGAACGAGGCCUUAAACGAUCCGCAGAUCUGUUUAAAAAAGAUGCGGUUUUGGUGUGCGUAUUGACUGGUAUCUUUUGAACGAAAGGCUGAUUCUCGUAAAAAAAAAACGGAUUGGUGUGGAUGGUGCCCUAUUCUGUAGAUAAGGUAUUGGCAGGGUUCGCAAAUACGCCAAAUUUGGCGUAUUUUACGCCAAAAUUGUUGAGAUGACUCCACAGAGGUUACGGAGGGAGUCACUUCGACUCCAGAAAUUUUCGGUAACAAACAGGGAACCACUUCGACUCCAGAAAUUUUCGGUAACAAACACAGUUUUGUCCUUACCAACAAAUACAAUUUACGUUAAUUGUAAACGCUGUAAACCUUAAUUAAAUCAUCAAAAUUAAAGAAUUAUACCGCACGACAAAGCACAAAGAGGGUAAAUUACAUUACUCGAUGACCGCCUUCCCGCCAUCAUGGAUUUGAGCUUUCCAGGUCAGCGGACCGCCACAGCUACUUCGUGUAUCCCUCACGAUAGUGUAUACAUGCCAGGACCACUGCUGGAAAGUCUGAAGAUGGCUUUUUUCGUUGUGAUACUUGACUCCAAAUAUUCCAAAAUGACUCCAAAAUUUGUGAAGCAGAAGUCACAGUAACUCCACUCAUCAAUAAAAUUUGCAAACCCUGUAUUGGUAAAUCCUCGCUCCGAUUAGCUUCUUCUUCGAAGUAGGGUAACAUUUUAUAGGGUUGUAUGGCAUAAAAGAAAUCUUCUGGAGGCGAAAAAAGACUUGGGAAAAAUACAUUGAAUCUAAUAUCUUCUGAUAACAGUCACAUUUUAUUUUCAGGCCGUCGGCGAGCCUCCUUUGUUCCUAGCCUCUUCAGUAUUUUACGCUAUUAAAGAUGCCAUCAUGUUCGCAAGGUUAGAAGUCUUCUUUAUUAGAGCCCUAAAACUGAAACUCUCUCUUAUCUACCCUGAAACAAAUUCCCUUGUUUAAUGCUUUGCAUCGUCCUGUCACUUUUUUUCCCCAUGUUUUUCGUUUUUUGAAUCUUGUAUUUUAUAAAUUUUAUGUUAUUAUAAUGGAGAGCAGUGACAGAUAGGACGAAACUCUGUUUUCUUUUUUAGCCGCAAAUUUUGUUCAUCCUUUUGUUCUUUCUUCCUUUCUUCCUUCCAGUUUUUUCUUUCUUUCGUUCCUUUUUCCUUCUUUAUUUCAUAUUUAUUUAUUUCCAGUUUGUCAUGUAUUUAUUUAUGUAUUAUUCCACAAGUAUUUACUUUAAUUUAGUAUUUACGUGGUGAAUCCAUGCAGCUGGUUGCAUUUUGACUGUAAAAAUUUUGUUUUACUUCUACUCAUUUUUAGGCGCGAAUCAGGUGUUGAAGGAGUGUUUAGACUGGACAGUCCAGCUACUAGUGAACGCAUCAGGAUGGCUUGUGUUGAUGAAUUUACUAAGCAG